CUAGAAUGUCUAGUACUUAGAACUAGAACAUUCUAGUACACUGUAGUAGUAGCCUUCUUCGCCAGUUUGCCUCUGUUUGAAGGAUUUGGGUUUCUUGUGGUCGAAGAAAUCUUGUGGUCGGCGUCUUCGGAAUGUUUGGCGACGGCGUAUUCGGUUGAAUGUUCCGACGUCAUUUUCAUGUUGUCUGAUUCUUUCUUUUAGAUUUUUGGUUUCCCCGAUGUACGACGCCGGGCAGUCAGCACAGCUGCGCCGCCCCAGCCGCUCGUCCCACUCGACCGUAUUGCAAGUCGAUGCCAGCGACACGCCCGGAUGGGCCACAGGUUGGCGCUGUAUGAGCGAAUUUUCCAACUGAUGCCUUCUGCUGUGGAUGCGAAGGUCAGUCCUCGUCGGAAUAGGAAUACCGGAUGGCCCAGCCAUCUGACGCUUGGGUGAAGGUUCUCGUCAAGCGACUCCCGCUGCCGAUGCAAAGUGUUCACCGGCUCGAAGGCUGAUCGCGGCGCCCUCGGCGGAGACGUGCCGGCGCAUGAAGGCGCCUCCCACUUUUGCAUCCGUCGACCGGGGUGGACGCCAGCGAAGGCGCAUUUUUGGAGCCUGCGGCGGCGUCGUAACCCAAGCGGAAACGGACGUGUUGGUGCUUGUGGUGGCGAAAUCGUCCAGUGGUGCGGUGCGCAAAGUGGGCUCGGUGAUGUGUGCAAAGAAGCGCAGCCUUUCUCGCGGCGAGUGGUGAUGCGUGCUGCGAUAGGAGUGAGGUGAUAGCGCGGUGGUGACGACCCCAACAAGGCAGCGCCGUGAACCCCGCCGCCCCGAGGGGCUUCCACAAGGCGUCCCGAGGUGAGUCAGCAGUUUCCGCUUGACCUCGGGGGUGGCCGAAGAAGAGUCGCGGUUGCGCACCCUCGCCGGAAGCGCAGUCGUACGCCUUCGCGAGCGGGGUUAUGCACCUUGUCGUCGACCGACGAGCAGCGACAGCGACAUGCUCAAAGCCGACGGCGACUCAGCGGUGGUGCUCCCGGCCAGCAGGAAGCAUGCAGUGAACAGCGGCCAAGAGAUGGGGGGCUGCUGCCACCGGGUGGGGCUUGGGCGCAGGGGCCGGUUGCUGCUCAUGUUUGGCAUGACGACGGCCUUCUUCCUGGUCGAGAUCAUCGUUGGCUAUGUCACCAACUCGAUGGCCCUGGUGGCCGACUCUUUCCACAUGCUCUCCGAUGUCAUAUCGCUCGUCAUUGCCUUCCUCUCCAUCAAGGUGAGGCUGCAUCGAUGA